AUGGAGGCUGGUCUGCGGUGCUCUGUAGACGUGGACUGUAGAGAUGUGAAACCGGUGAGGAUUUAUCUCUUUCCAAAAGGAAAUGAAGUGGACGACUUGUUAAUUUAUUUUGAUGUCAGUGCGGAUCUUGCUAGUUUCUCUGAUGAAACAUGUCAUAUUUUCAAGGCAAAAUAUGAAGUUUGCGGUUUCAAAUUAUCCUUACAUUUUGGUGAACUUGAUGACUCUAGUCGUGGUUUCAUUGUGAAUGAUACUUUUAUAAUUGAAGUUCAUAUAUUGGUUCACAAGUCAGAACAUGUUGAUCAAUCAGCGAGCAACAUUGAUAAUAAGGUUGUUGAAUGCAUUGACAAUAAGGCAAUGAUCUCAACCUCAUUUGGUGAGCUAGUGGAUUUCAUGGGUAUAGGAAAAGUAGAGAAAGAUUUCGUUCCUCUCCUUGAAGAAGUAUGUUCAAGGUAUCCCUCACUUAUUGAUAGUAAGCAGAAGAAAAGUCAAAGAUUUACUGAAUGGGCUUUCACAGCUUUGGGUAGAGUUCUUCAUUUUCUCAAGACUAAAAUGGUGAGAGACAUGGACAAUGAUGCUUACAAUCAUCUUAAAAUUUUGUGGGAGGAACUUGAGACCUGUAAAUUUGAUUUGACCUGGCUGGAACCUCAUGUGCAAUCUGCCUUGGGUAUGAAAAGUUGUGUUGAGAGAGCUGUUGAGGUGAAAAGGUUGGAGGAGAAUAUGGCCACUUUAGAGACGGAAACAGAGAUUUUGAGGACAAAGUUUAUUGAAGCAGAAGUAAAUCUAGAAUUAACAAGAAGAGACUUGGUGAAAGCAAAAGAAGGUUUUGAUGUGUGUGAUUUGGAUGCUGAACUAGGAUAUGGAGGACCAUGA